GACAUCCGGUUUGGGCGUCCGGCUGCCGGGCGCGGAAGCCGCCAUGGUGCGGUUCAAGCACAGGUAUCUGCUCUGCGAACUGGUGUCUGACGACCCCCGCUGCCGCCUGAGCUUGGAGGACCGAGUGCUGAGUAACCUGGUUCGAGACACGAUCGCCCGCGUGCACGGGACUUUCGGCGCGGCCGCUUGCUCCAUUGGCUUCGCGGUGCGAUACCUCAAUGCCUAUACUGGAAUAGUGCUACUUCGAUGCCGGAAGGAAUUCUAUCAGCUUGUGUGGUCAGCUCUUCCCUUUAUUACACACUUGGAGAACAAAGGACACCGUUACUCCUGUUUUCUCAACACCCUACACGUGGGAGGUACAAUUAGAACAUGUCAGAAAUUCCUGAUUCAGUACAACAGGAGACAACUGUUGAUCUUGUUGCAGAACUGCACUGAUGAAGGAGAGCGGGAAGCUAUCCAGAAGUCCGUCACAAGAAGCUGUUUACUAGAGGAGGAGUCUGGAGCAGAGGAGCUUUCAGACAGUGGUGGUGAGGAGGCCACUGGAGCAAUGGAAUGAACCUCUCCAGGUUGCACUUUGCCAAAUCACAGGAGGCACACUGAUUGGAACAUGGCAGCAGCAUCUCCUACAGCUCUCCAAACUGGAUGACUGACAACUAGAGGUCAAAUUUCCAGCUCAAAAUGGAGGGUUUACUCAUGUCAGACAAACUAGUCACCUUUAUCUACUGUUGCCUGGAGUAGAUUUAAUAAAUGUUUUUGGUUUCUAUAGCAUUUAGCAAACUUAUGAAGUCCAUUCUUGCUCAAGUAUUUCCCCCUCUAUCCCUAGCCUCAGUAGAAAGACUGGUUCCUUAAGGCCUUGUCCUCUACCCAGCCCUAGCAUGGGCCAGGUAAUUUAGAGUAGGAGUAUUAGUGCAGUAUGGCAACUAAGCUGGCACAGAUGUAUAACCAGUUUCAGUUCAGACACCUGGCCUUAAAAAUAAGAUUCCUUGCCAACACCUUAUCAGAAAUGCAAUUCUUGGGCCUCCCCGGUGGCGCAGCGGUUGAGCGCUGGGUUGCCAAGCUGCCCGCAGCCUCUGCAGCGCCGGUUCGAUCCCCAGCUGCUCCCCGGCCACCGGAGGA